AUGCCAUUGCAAACUAGCCUAGAAAGGAUGAUGGAAGAGCACGGGUAUUUCAUAAAUAUUGCCUUCGACAUGUUGCUAGCAACUUCAACACCCAUUUUCAAGAACUCAAUUCUAAAGUCAGCGGCAUUGAAAGCGGGAUAUGCUAGUCAGGUAGUGAAAUUUGAUGCCAUAAUGGAGUCCAUUAAGCAGGUGGAACUUAAGGCCAUUAGGAAUAAGAAGAAGGUGACGGGAAAGGAUGGCAAGGAAAAGAAUCAAGAUUAUCUUCCAUACACAUACCUAAUGGGCAAGUCUGUGGAUAUGUGGACCCAGUCACAUGAUGAUGGGAGACGUUUUGGGGCAAUGACAACCAAUAUAUCAAAGUGCUUUAAUGGUGUACUGAAAGAGGGUAAGAAAUGGAGUGAAUAUGCCUUAUCAACAUGGGAUGGAAAUAAGCGUAAAUCUGAGAAACACUAUCUCAAGCCAUUUAGCAAUGAAGAGCUGAUAUUUCAAGUAGUUACCCAAGUCAACACGUGGAGCACGGGAGGGGGAAACCAUAGUUAUGAAGUUCGGUUACAGGAAAGAACAUGCAGUUGUGGGAAAUGGCAAAACAUAGGGAUCCCGUAUUCACAUGCAAUUAGAGUAUGUGACUAUUUACAUAUUGAUUCGACCACAUAUAUUCACCCAUGUUAUGGUUUGAACAAUUCCCUUAACACUUAUGAGCAUGCAUUUGUGGUUCCUAAGUCACAGUCAUUGUGGAGGGAUCCCAUGGGGCCAAAGUGGUUGCCUAAUCUAGCAUUGUUGCGGGCCAAAGGUCGACCAGUGAAGUCAAGAAUAAGGAAUGAGAUGGAUGGAGUGAGGAAUAAGGAUCGAGAACCGGGAUGGCGAAGGGAGGACACGGAUUUGAUAGAGAGUCAACCCAAGCAGACAUGUGGACUAUGUCAUGCUUCUGGGCAUAAUCGCAGAAAAUGUCCGUAG